GCGGCUUGUCCCAAGUCCAUAUAUAAUAUGCUUCGUCCUCAAGCGUAAACCCUUUCAAGCCUAGGGUUUUGGUUUGUCCAAAAACCCUUCAAAGGCCAUCGACUUCUCUUGCAGCCAUCGAUACACUCUCAAUUCUAUACUGCAAGUCCAGAUUAUAAAAGAUGGUGCAGUACAAUUUUAAGAAGAUUACGGUGGUUCCCAAUGGGAAGGACUUUGUCGAUAUCAUUCUGUCUCGCACCCAGCGUCAAACUCCUACUGUUGUGCACAAAGGAUAUGCUAUCUCUCGUAUACGUCAAUUUUACAUGCGCAAAGUGAAAUAUACGCAGCAGAAUUUCUAUGACAAACUCUCCACCAUUAUUGAUGAGUUCCCCAGGCUUGAUGAUAUCCAUCCUUUCUAUGGGGAUCUUCUUCAUGUGCUCUACAACAAAGACCAUUACAAGCUUGCCCUUGGCCAAAUUAAUACUGCUAGAAAUUUGAUUUCUAAAGUAGCAAAGGAUUAUGUCAAAUUGUUGAAAUAUGGUGACUCACUCUAUCGCUGCAAGUCCCUGAAAGUUGCAGCUCUUGGGCGUAUGUGCACUGUUAUAAAGCGCAUUGGCCCAAGUUUAGCUUAUUUGGAACAGAUUAGGCAGCACAUGGCAAGACUUCCCUCAAUUGAUCCCAAUACUCGAACCAUCUUGAUUUGUGGGUAUCCAAAUGUUGGCAAGAGUUCAUUCAUCAACAAGAUUACAAGAGCAGAUGUGGAUGUUCAACCGUAUGCCUUCACUACAAAGUCCUUGUUUGUCGGUCAUACUGACUACAAAUAUCUGAGGUAUCAAGUGAUCGACACUCCAGGGAUCUUGGAUAGGCCAUUCGAGGAUCGUAAUAUCAUAGAAAUGUGCAGUAUUACAGCUCUAGCACAUCUGAGGGCUGCUGUGUUAUUUUUCCUUGAUAUUUCUGGUUCUUGUGGCUAUAGCAUUGCGCAACAGGCCGCUCUUUUUCACAGCAUCAAAUCACUCUUUUUGAACAAGCCGUUGAUGAUUGUAUGCAACAAAACAGACUUGCAGCCAUUAGAAGGCAUUUCUGAGGAAGAUAAGAAGUUAGUUGCGGAGAUGAAAGAUGAAGCUAUGAAGACAGUGAUUGGUCAAGGUGGCGAGGCAACAGAUGAAGCAGGUGUGCUGUUAACUAUGAGCACUUUGACUGAAGAUGGCGUAAUUUCAGUGAAGAAUGCAGCUUGUGAGAGGUUACUGAAUCAAAGGGUGGAAUUGAAAAUGAAAUCGAAAAAGUUAAAUGACUGCUUGAACCGCUUCCAUGUUGCUAUGCCAAAACAACGUGACCAGAAAGAGAGGCCAGCAUGCAUACCUGAGGCAGUGUUGGAAGCCAGAGCGAAGCAGGCUGAGGCAGAUGCUGAGAAACAGAAAAGGAAGCUCGAGAGAGAUUUGGAGAAUGAGAAUGGAGGUGCUGGUGUUUAUUCUGCAAGCUUGAGGAAGCACUAUCUAUUAGCAAAUGAAGAGUGGAAGGAAGAUAUAAUGCCUGAAAUUUUAGAUGGGCACAAUGUCUAUGACUUUGUUGACCCUGAUAUCUUACAAAGGCUUGAAGAAUUGGAGAGAGAAGAAGGUCUUCGUCAGGAGGAAGAAGGAGAUGAUGAUUUUGAGAUGGACGGUGCAGAGCUGACCCCUGAAGAACAAGCAGCAUUAGCUGAAAUCCGGAAAAAGAAAAGUUUGCUCAUUCAACAGCAUAGAAUGAAGAAGAGCACUGCAGAGAGUCGACCCACUGUACCAAGAAAGUUUGAUAAAGACAAGGAGUUUACUUCAAAAAGAAUGGGAAGACAGUUAUCUGCUUUGGGAUUGGAUCCAACUCUAGCAAUCAAUCGAGCCCGAAGUAAGUCAAGGGGUCGUAAGCGAGAGAGAUCAGUUGAACGUGGAGAUGACAAUGGUAAUGAAGCAAUGGAUGUUGACGAGAUUACUCCCAGCAAGAAGCAACGUAGGUCUAGAUCUCUUUCCAUGGCAAGAUCAAGGUCGAUGUCACGACCUCGAAGUGAAUUUGUUCCAGGGGAGGGCUUCAAGGACAAACCCCAGAAGGAACAGGCUAUAAAGUUGUUCAAGAAAUCUGCUAAUAAGAGGAACAAGGAUGCUCGUCGGGGAGAGUCCGAUAGAGUCAUUCCUACUCUGAAACCAAAACAUCUAUUCUCUGGAAAGAGAUCAAGUGGCAAAACUGACAGGCGGUAGUCACCAAG